AAGGGGCACCACUGCCAGUAGAAGGAGCUCUUCCUGAGUUAUUUCUAAUCUAGCAGUUAGAUAUAACAUGGCGAGAACACAAGCAGGAAAGAUGCUGCGCUCUCCUCGAUGUUUCUUAUAUUUGUUGGUGUUCGUGCUUUCUGGAGUAAACGCGUCGACCCUUCAUGUCCACCCGGAGCAGCGAGUGCUCCCGCAAAGCAGAGGCAUUUUCACCAUUGAGGCAAAUAAGGAUUUAUCAGUCGGAGAUGGAGGAGGCGUCGCGGCUGCAGCGCUGCCUCUGGCCGCUCGCGAUGCCUCUCAGGGCGGCGCGUCGGGCUCCAGCGCCCACCCAGAGCAUCGAAGCCGCCGGAGCACUGGUAAAUCGGCCAUGCCAAAUGUGUACGGCCAGGCCAACCUGAAUGAUUCCCAUAACCAGAUGGUGGUCCACUGGGCUGGAGAGAAGAGCAACGUGAUUGUAGCCUUGGCUCGAGACAGCGCUGCAGCCACUGGGCCCAAAACCAGCUCGGUCUACGUAUCGUAUGAUUAUGGUACAACGUUCACACCCGUCACAGACAAGUUCAAGCUCUCAGGAGCCAAAGUGAAGGACGACAGCAAACAGGUCAUCUCCCAGUUCUACCACAGUCCAGCAGACAACCGCAGGUAUCUUUUCGUCGACUCUACCAAUGGCUACCUGUGGAAUACCUUUGAUUUCUGUAAGAAUGUCCAGGGCUUCUCCCUCCCCUUCAAGCCAACUGACUUGCUGCUUCACUCCAGACGAUCCGACCUGGUGCUUGGCUACGACAGCUUUCAUCCAAAUAAACAGCUGUGGAAGUCAGACGAUUUUGGGGAGACGUGGGUUUUGAUCCAGGAGCACGUGAAGGCCUACUUUUGGGGUGUCGAACCUUACGACCCUCCCACUACGGUACUGGUCCAGAGACAUGAGCCCCAGGGGAUCUCUACUAUACUCAGCAGCACUGACUUCUUUCAAAGCGAACAGAACCGCAGAGUCAUCCUGGAGCAGGUGGACAGCUUCCAACUCCGAGACAAGUACAUGUUUGCUACCACCACACGGAAAUUGCUCGGCAGCCACGAACCUUCAUCUGUUCAGCUCUGGGUGUCCUACAACCGCCAGCCAAUGAAAGCAGCUCAGUUUAUGACUCGACAUCCAAUCACAGAGUACUACAUAGCAGAUGCAUCUGAGGACCAAGUGUUUGUGUGUGUGAACCAUAUCAACAACGUCACACACCUCUACAUCUCAGACACACAGGGCCUGUCUUUUUCUCUGUCACUUGAAAAUGUGCUAUACUUCAGUCCUGAGGGUUCAGGCAACAACACACUCAUCAGGUACUUUGCCAAUGAGCCGUUUGCUGACCUGCACCGUGUAGAGGGGCUGCGAGGCGUCUUCAUCGCCACGCUCAUCAACGGCUCGGCUAGUGAGGACAACAUGCGCUCUGUCAUCACCUUUGAUAAGGGGGGGACGUGGGAGCUGCUACAGCCGCCUGCAGCUGACAGCCUGGGAGGAACCGUAGAGUGCCAGCUCAGUAAAGGUUGUUCCCUCCACCUGGCCCAGCACUGGAGCCAGCUGUUCAACAUCCAGCUCAGAAGGAUGCCAAUUUUAUCCAAGGACUCGGCACCAGGGCUGAUCAUGGCCACAGGAUCUGUUGGAAGGAACUUGGCCAACAAGCCAAACGUGUAUGUUUCUAGCAGUGCUGGAGCUCGGUGGAAAGAGGCUCUGCCAGGACCUCAUUUCUACACCUGGGGGGACCACGGUGGUAUUCUGAUGGCCAUCGCACAGGGAGGCUCCACCACACAUCUCAAGUUUAGCACCAAUGAAGGUGAGACGUGGACUGAAAUAAAGUUUUCAGACAAGGAGGUUUAUGUUUACCAGCUACUGACAGAGCCUGGGGAGAAGAGCACCAUCUUCACCAUCUUUGGUUCCUACGCUGAGCAGAGACAUAGCUGGCUCAUCCUGCAGGUCAACACCUCUGACGUUCUAGGCGUUCCAUGUUCUGAGGCCGACUACAAACUCUGGUCUCCAUCAGACGAGCACGGGAACGACUGUUUGUUGGGCCGAGAGGUGACGUUUAAGAGACGAGCUCCGCAUGCUACCUGCUUCAAUGGAGAGGACUUUGAUAGGCCAGUUACUGUCUCCAACUGUUCCUGUACACGUCAGGACUAUGAAUGUGACUACGGAUUCAAGCUCAGUGAGGACUUGUCUCUUCAGGUGUGUGUGCCUGACCCGGAGUUCCUGGGUGACCUUUAUGCUCCUCCAAUUCCUUGUCCUGUUGGUACCACCUACCGUCGCAGCAAAGGCUACAGGAAAGUUCCUGGUGACAGCUGCAGCGGAGGAGACGUGGAGUCCAGGCUGGAUGGAGAGAUGCUGCCCUGUCCUGUCGGAGAAAGUAAUGAGUUCAUCCUGUACGCUGUGAGGAACUCCAUCCAUCGCUACGACCUGGCCACAGGUGCGGAUCAGGCCCUGCCGCUGUUUGGCCUCAGGGAGGCUGUGGCUCUGGACUUUGACUACGACAGAAACUGUCUGUACUGGGCCGACAUCUCGGUAGACACCAUUCAGCGUCUUUGUCUAAAUGGCAGCUCAGGUCAGGAGGUCAUUGUCAGGAAAGACCUACAGAAUGUGGAGGCUCUGACCUUUGACCCCAUCAGUAGACUGCUCUAUUGGGUUGAUGCUGGAGCCCAGAAGAUUGAGGUUUCUAAUCCUGAUGGGGACCUGCGUCACACUUUGCUCAACUCGUCCGUCCUGGAACAUCCCCGAGCUCUGGUUCUGCUUCCUGCUGAGAGCCUGAUGUUCUGGACGGACUGGGGAGACAGAGCAGCUGGUGUUUACCGGAGCUACAUGGAUGGAACCAACGUGUCCUGCAUCAUCUCAGAGGGUGUCCGCUGGCCCAACGGCAUCACGGCCGACGACCACUGGCUAUACUGGACAGAAGCCUUCAGCGACCGCAUUGAGAGGGCAGACUUCAGCGGGGCCCAGCGGAGCAUUCUCAUGGAGGGUCUUCCCCACCCGUAUGCCAUAGCUGUCUUCAAAAAUGAUCUGUACUGGGAUGACUGGUCUAAGAUGGGAAUCUUCAAAGCUUCAAAAGCUGGAUCUCACAGCAGUGAGCUGAUUGUCGGCAGACUAACUGGAGUCAUGGAUCUCAAAAUCUUCUAUAAAGGGAAGAACAGAGGAUAUAACUCCUGCGCCGACCAGCCGUGCAGCCUGCUGUGUCUACCUCAGCCUGGCCACCAGCACACCUGUGUUUGCCCUGAAGGAGCUCCGACCAUGACCAUGCAUGAUGGAGAGCUGAGGUGCCAGUGUCCCCCUGGCUACCAGCUCCAAAACAACACUUGCAUCAAGACUGAACACAGUUGUUUGCCCAACCAGUACCGCUGCUUCAAUGGCCGCUGCAUCAGCAGCAUCUGGAAGUGCGAUAGCGACAACGACUGUGGCGACAUGAGUGAUGAGCAGGAGUGUCCCACCACAACUUGUGAUCCCUCCAAUCAGUUCCACUGUGUGGCCUCAGGCUCCUGCAUCCCAUUGGCCUUCAAUUGUGACCAUGAAGAUGACUGUGGAGACAACAGUGAUGAGGAGCACUGUGAGACUCACCAGUGUGGCGCUGGUGAGUUCACGUGUGCACGAGGUGUUUGCAUUCGUGAGGCAUGGCGCUGCGAUGGAGACAACGACUGCAGGGACUGGUCUGAUGAAGCCAACUGCACAGUGGGCCGCCAUACAUGUGAGCCCAGCAGCUUCCAGUGUCACACGGGUCACUGUAUACCACUGCGCUGGAAGUGUGACGGAGACGAUGACUGUCAGGAUAACUCGGAUGAAGAUCCUCAGUAUUGUGAGGGAACCCAGUGUAAAGGCUUCCUCUGCUCCAAUGACACCUGCCUCCCAGCGGCAGCACACUGUAACGGGAUCCAGGACUGUCCAGAUGGCGCCGAUGAGCACAACUGCGACCCGUUGUGUACUCGCUACAUGGAGUUUGUGUGUAAGAACCGAGCUCAGUGCCUGUUUCAGUCCCUGGUCUGUGAUGGGAUCAAACACUGUGAAGAUGGGUCUGAUGAAGAUGCACAGUACGCUGGAUGUGCCACGACGUCUGAAUUUAGCAAAGUGUGUGAUGCCUACACCUUCCAGUGUGCCAAUGGAGUGUGUGUGAGUCUGGAGUGGAAGUGUGAUGGCAUGGACGACUGUGGGGACUACUCUGAUGAAGCUAACUGUGCUGCUCCCACUGACGUCCACGGCUGCUCCAGAUAUUUCCAGUAUGAAUGCAAGAACGGGCGCUGCAUUCCUACCUGGUGGAAGUGUGAUGGAGAGAAUGACUGUGGAGACUGGUCCGAUGAGGCUCAGUGUACAGGUGGUGAUACACCUCACAGUGUGACACCUGGUGCUAACACAUGUGCCCCCAACCGGUUCCACUGUGGAUCUGGAGCUUGUAUCAUCAACACCUGGGUGUGUGAUGGCUAUCCUGACUGUCCUGAUGGAAACGAUGAGCUCGGAUGUCUCACAGCUAAUAACUCAGCUACGCUGGCCCCAGCACCCUCUCAGACCCCUCCUCCAUCUCCUGGUCGAUGUGGUCAGGGUCAGUUCCAGUGUCGCCGACCCCCCCACUGCCUCCCUGAGUGGCUGCGCUGUGAUGGCCAGCUCCACUGUGAGGAUGGUUCUGAUGAAGCUCAGUGCCCCACCCAGCAGCCUCUGGUGUGCGUUAACGGCACUCGUUGCUCUGACGGUGAAGCCUGCGUGUUGGACCAUGAGAAGUGUGAUGGUUUCCUGGACUGUUCUGACCACAGCGACGAGUACAACUGCACCUUGGAUACACUCACCUACAAAGUUCAGAACCUCCAGUGGAAACCGGACUUUCUGGGUGCCAUCACUCUGACCUGGUCCCGACCUAAAAACCUUCCCCAGACCUCAUGCUACUUCCUCAUAUACUACAGGCUGGUGGGCACCCAGCAGUGGACCAACAUGGACACCCACAGCAACAAGACUAGCUACAAACUGACCGUGCUGAAACCAGACACCACCUACCACGUGAAGGUUCUCACUCAGUGUCUCAGCAAGCUGCACAAGAGCAACGAGGUGAUCACAGUCCGGACUCCAGAGGGACUUCCUGACCCUCCCAGGAACCUGCAGCUGACAUGUGACAACGGAGAGGAUGGGACAGUUUGGGUGUCCUGGAGUCCUCCGGACAACAGCCACGGGUUGAUCAGGGAGUACAUUGUAGAGUACACCGAGGCUGGAGGUCUGGAGUGGACGUCCCAGAGAUCCUCUGAAACGAGCACAGAGGUGAAGAGGCUGCUGCCAGACUCUCUGUACCGAUUCAGGGUGGCUGCUGUGACCAGUCGAGGGGUUGGGAACUGGACUGAUAUUAAAGCCAUCACUCCCAAAAAAGCUCUGCCUCCACCUUCUGUAACCAGCAGCAGCAUCAGCACCGACUCCAUCAGCCUGACGUUCGGCUUUAACUCUCAGUAUGAUGUAAAUUAUUACAUGGUGGUUCUGUCCUGGCAGUUUGACACUCACGUGAAGGAGAGCAUAAACUACACCAUCACAGAGGGGGUCCUCAGGGCUGCUAACCUGACAGCAGGAACUCUCUAUGAAGUGGCUGUCUGGGCUCACACCACUUUCGGAGACAGUCCCACCACUCUGUCCCAGCACCAGACCAAAGGCACCCAGCCGGACCGGCCCCUCCUCAAAACCAAGGCUCUGAACCAGACGGCUGUGGAGUGCUCCAUCAGCGGUGGUCUUCCUGCUGUGGUGUAUGGUGUGUUCUAUGCCACCUCAUUCCUGGACCUGUACCGUGGACCUCGUCAAAUGCAAACCUCCUCCCUCAGCCUCACGGUGACUGUCGACAGCGACGAACAGUUUCUCUUCCUGGCUCGAGUUGUUUCACCCUUCCUGGGUCCUCCGUCUGACUACGCCGUGGUGAAAAUGAUUCCCAACGAGAGGCUGCCACCCAGGAACCUCCACCGUGUGUGGGUGGACAAGACUCAGGCCACGCUAAAGUGGCAGCCACCCUACGACAGUCCCGACACUCCUUUGACGUAUGUGAUAAAUGUGAGGGACGUGAUCCGUAAGAAGGAAGGGAACUACAAGCUGACCACCAAGAACAACACGGUGGAGUAUCUGCUGAAGGGCCUGGAGCCCGGAGGGAGGUACAUCAUCUCCAUCCGCCUGCGUAACAUGACCAAAGAGGCCAGCUUUACCCUCAGCACAGUUCCUCUUCCUGCUCCAGAAGCCUUGAAGAUGUUGACAGAGAAGGACCAUGUGUUUCUCUUCUGGAAGAGCUUGGCGGUCCGAGACAAGGGCUUCAAUGAAAGCAGGGGCUAUGAAGUGCACAUGUUUGACAGUGUGACCAGCCAGACGUCAUACCUGGGAAACACCACAGAAACCUACUUCCGCAUCAACAGCCUGCCUGUGGGACACAACUACACCUUCUCCGUACAAGCCCGCUGCCUGGUCAGCGAUCAGCUGUGUGGAGAACCAGCGCUGCUGCUCUAUAACCCCUCAGCAGGGACAACUGAUGCCUCUCACACUGAGAACCAUUCCAGGGACAUGGCAUCUGUGGUGGUUCCAGUCCUGUUCCUGUUGCUGGUGGUCGUGGGCGGGGGUCUGGUGGCGCUCUACGUGCGACACCGUCGGCUGCAGAACAACUUCACAGCCUUUGCCAACUCCCACUACAACUCUCGUCUAGGUUCUGCCAUCUUCUCUUCUGGGGAUGAACUGGGUGACGACGACGAAGAUGCUCCAAUGAUCAGCGGUUUCUCAGAUGAUGUUCCCAUGGUUAUUGCAUAGCAAGACUCUGCUUUUGUCAUCUUCCUGUCUCCCCCCCCCCCCCCCCCCCCCCCAACCCCCCCGGCCUAGUGGAGUGGUGUGAUGAAGCCAACAGGUGGAGACUUGAACCCACUGAAGGCCCCCCCCCACCCACCCACCCAGUACGCAGGAAAUGCAAAGAGGAACGGAAACGUGUAAAAGAAAUAUUUUUCAAAGAAACGAUGCACUUUUUUGGAUGCGCAAUAACUUAUUUUUUAUAAAAGAAAAUAAAAAUAUAUGUGAGGAAACGAGCUGGGAGGAAGAGUGGGAGAUUGAAGCAAACUGUGAAGAGUUUGAGUUUGUCCAGCAUGUUUUUAUUGCAAACUCAUCGUCUGUUGGAGCGUUUUAUGGCAUAAAGCCAAAGUUAGCAUUCAAACUGGAACUCAGAAUGCAAAAAACACACGUAUACACACACAUGGAAGAAGAUACAAGUAUAUAGCCUAAUGCUGUAAACACAACCUAAAACCAGAGGGCAUCAGGCCGCUUCGAGUUACAUCUCGUGGUAAUAGUACAACCUGUAUUCUAGGAGUAUAUGUUGUAUCAUAGGAGUCUGUGUGACGCGGUGCCAGGGCACAUACGUGGUCAGCCAGUCGGGGGAGUUCACUGUGGAUUAUGUUUUUAUAAAAUCUAAUUUAUCCGUAUUUGAGGAAAAUCGCCAGUUAUGAACCUGUUGAUUCUGUAAAUGCAGCCGGAGCAACCAAACGGAUGUUUGCAGAGGAGCUCACAGCAACACGUUUGUUUUCUACCACCAGCACAUUGUUGUACGUAGAAGUAAGACAUGCCGUGUUCGGAGUGUGUUCUUGGACUCCAGGGAAAGGUCGCCCUCUGCCAAGGUCAUUUAUUUGUGAAUAUUAGCUUUUAAAAUGUCUUCACUUUGUAAUGCGGCACCAUGGUGCUUUGUAAAAAUGUGUGUGUUGUUUGAUUUGAUUUUGCUUGUUCUGUUUUUUUUUAAUCAUUCAGGACCACAAAUGACUGUCCCCAUAGCUGUAGUUAUAGGAGAGGUAUGUUUGGGGUUCUCAGGGAAACGUGUCGGAGCGGACACCAGCGCAGCACCACCUCCACCACUUUCACUUAGACACGUCCUCCUAUAGAGAGGUCCAGGAUCAGCGUAACACAACGGUGAUCCUGGUGGCUCAUCGGAUCUGGAGUCUGUUGUUUUCCUCUAGGUGGAUCCUGCCGUGCUGGUACUUAGAAUUUGCUUUGGAGGGUUUUUUACAAGAGGAAGUAGCAUCACAUCAGUGUUUAUCUCUAGAUGUGAACAAACCUAGAUAACUGGCUGUGUGGUUGGAUUCAUCUGGAGGCAGACAACUUGGGAUUCUUUUGUUAAUGUUGAGGUGAGCCUCGGAUCAGUGGAAGCUGAUUGGACAGUGAGAAUAUUUGGGUCACACACACACACACCCGUACUCUCUACACCACGUUGACUGGUGUCUGCCUCCGGCCUCGAGCAUUCUGAAACGUAAACUGCUGGCGUCCUGUUUCUCCGUCUGCGUUGGUUUUUUGUGAAAAAGGUCUCCAUGAAUGUAUUCUCUGUGUUUUGAAAGCGUCGUCCCGGUUCGUCGUGCUACUGUCACCACCUGUGAACGGUCUCUGCUUUCACACCUGAACACACAGCCUUCCUGCUGCCCCCUCCACUUGUGAACUUUAAAUUCAUGUAAACUAAAAAAGUAAAUGGUGGAACUCACUCAUUUCAUUCAUCAAUAUGUUUUAUUCUGAAAUCCUCAUAAAAUGUGCAAAGUGACGUUGGGAGAUUCAGGAGUUACUUGUUUUUGUUUCUUGGCCUUAAAACUGAUUUCCAUGCCGUUUGUAGGCUUCGUGUUGUCUGAUUUUGUUUUUUCGCCACAUAAUGCCUUAUAAGAACACGUUGGGUUUGAUGUAAUGUUUGUAUUAUAGAACACGUGCAUGCAUUUGCUCUCACACACACUGAAAUGGUACACAAUGCCCCGAAAGGCUGAGAAAGCAUUUAAUGUGAGGGCAUUUAAUCAUGAAGUCAUAUCACUGCUCCUUUCUGUGCUGUUGUCAGGAUCCUCUGUUUUUAGUCUAGUUUUACACAUGUGCAGCGGUAUUGUGUGACUGUUCGCCACCCGUCUUAAUGCUGACUCAGAAUCUGGUCACGGUGGAACCGCUGACGUUUGUUUGUUUGCUUGCUUUUAUUGGAGAUUGCCAGAAAAGGAGAAGUUCAGAGGAGCAAUGUGAGGUGUUUUAAACGACCACUUAUACUGAAAUAAACUUGCUGAAAAGGAAA